GUCGUGAUGUCAUCGGCCACAACCUCAGCCCCAGUAUAAAUACCUGCACCUGAUCUGUCCCUGUUCACACAGCAUCCUCAGCCUGACUGCUCCACAGACCGAUCACAAUGUCGUAUCCAGUGAGCGCUCAGCCCCAGGCCAUGCAGGGAUACAGCACCAGCACCAGCCAGUGGAACUCCGACGUCAUGGACUGCUGCGAGGACAUGGGAAUCUGUCUUUGUGGAGCAUUUGUCCCCUGUAUUCUGGCGUGUAGGGUGGCUUCAGACUUCGGAGAGUGCUGCUGUCUACCAUUCCUGCCGGGGACUUUGCUCGCCAUGAGGACCGGCGUCAGGGAACGAUAUCACAUCCCGGGAACUAUCUGCAAUGACUGCGUGUGCCUGACGUUCUGUGGACAGUGCACGCUCUGUCAGUUGGCCCGUGAGCUGAAACAAAGGACCUGAUGGGACGGUACGGAGACACGCCGAGCAUCUAUGGACUGUAACAUACAGAGGGAUGGUCGCUGACUGACCACCGCACCCAAUGUGGGAGGAAGUGGCGCCAUCCUGUGCACACAAAGCCCCUAUACACCUGCCCACCGCGCC